AGGUACUGAUGAUGACCGAAAAUAUUCUGCCCAUGUCGUAAAGAUUUAAUUGGAACUUUUUUAAACUCAAUCUGAAUACGGGAAAUACUGAUUAUUGAUCUAAUCUCUUGGUAGCGUAAUCCAGGUUCAUUUUGAUAAGCGCUGCAGUUCAUGCUCUGUUAUCAUGCUAUUCGUUAUCAGUAACGUUGCUUCAUAGAGCAUCACUAGAAAGUGCUGAUGAAUCGACACAUUUUUUAUCAUUUCCCCAAUUUUAUUACCUCAUUUUAAUCUUCAACUGAUUAGUGCUGAGGGCCGAGGGCGCUUUGCAAUUCGUGGAUAAUUAUUAAUUAUCCAAUAACUUCUAGAAAACACAUACCAGAUUACACGUACCAGAUGUUCAGUAUUUAAGAGGGUUUAGGAACAUGCAUACAUAUCAUUUACUGAUUUAUUGUAAGAGGACUGUCGUAUAUCCUUCAGUUCAUACUUCAUCCCAUUAUACUUCACCCCUAGCAGCUGAUUUCUCUAUUUGUUAUCAACACCCCUCUAUAGAGCCUACUUGAGUUACAAAGCAUUUAUCGCUGAUUUACUGUCACAGUUGUUACUGUUUUAACUCACCUGUUUUAUUUGCACAUAUCCGACUAACAGCCUCCUCUACGUGCCAACUUUCUAUCUUCUUCUCUGUUAUUUUCUCGUACAACUCCUUUACAAAGCGUGUCUCGAACUCGUUGAGGGAUAGAGCGGACGACAUGACUGAGACGGAGCUCAGUGAGAUGGCAGAUACAGCUGCUAACACAGAUCCUUUGAAAGGGAGUAAUAAUCUUCCUGAGGAGAUGGAACUUAACAAAGUGUACGAGACUAUUGGUGUUGGUACAUCACAAGGUAUCUUCUGGACAAUAAGUUUCCUGAUAGCCUACUCUGACUAUGCAGAGCUCACUCUCAUUGCUCUCAUUAUGCCGUAUUUGCGGUGCGAGUGGGACCUCACCGAAACCUUUGAAGCAACCAUAACCAUCACUAUAUUCUUUAUAUACGCCAUCAGUGCACUAAUAUUCGGGAAGGUAUCUGACAUAUAUGGCCGGAAGAGAGUCAUGUCAGUGACAAUAGUUAUCCUAGUAAUAACUGCAGUUGGAGCUGCGUUAGCUACUAACAAGUACAUCUUCCUUGUGUGGAGGUCAAUAGCUGGAGCCUGUAUCGGAGCUAACUUUGCUACUGUAGUUGUGUACUCAACUGAGUUCUCCCCAACAAGUCACAAGUCCGUGGGACCACUGAUUUCAUUGAUGGGCAGUUAUGUGUCCAUGUUUUUGGUCAAUAUAGUGGGUUAUUUUGCCAUCAACGCUCUCGGCUGGAGAUGGGUGAUAAUAAUCAUCACCAUACCUAUAAUUCCAGGAUGGAUAUUGUUGAUGAUCAUGCCGGAGACCCCUCGAUAUCUCUGUGUGAGUGGAAAAAACGAAGCAGCACUGAAAGCAGUGCGUCUCAUGGCUAAACUGAACAAAGCUUCUUUGCCAGAGAACCUAGAAGUGUUCUGUCAUCAGAACAAACAGUUGGGAUCCUUUAAGAUGAUUUUAGGAUCUGGUUCAGAACACAGGAAACCAGCUGUUCUCCUCAGUAUCAUGUACUUUUGUAACAUCUUCAUUGAGACAGCAGUCCUUGUGUUCCUACCCCUUGCUUUUAUCUCCCAGUUCUGUGGUGGGGAAAGUGGUGCUCCCGAGAGGGACAGAUGCCAGCCCCUUUCUCAGAGUGAUCUCUGGAAGCUGUCUGGAUCAGCUUUUGGUUCUCUUGCUGGCUGCAUGGCUGCUUACUUUGUGGCUAAAUGUCUGGGACGUCUCAAACCAACCAGGGGCAGCAACAUACUACAAAUAAUCACUUUUGGAUUGAUGUUUAAAUGCUUCAAUGAUACCUAUCUCUUUGGGGUAGCGACAGUUAUCAAAAUAAUCAAUGCCUUCAUCUGCAUGAUGAUCUGGUUUAUCAUACCAGAGAGCUUCCCAACUAUGAUUCGCAACACCGCAACAGGAAUGAUUAACUCUUCUGGUAAACUUGGGGCAGUAUUAGGCACAGCGAUGGUGUACCUGCUCUUCUAUGCUAGUCCUGUUGCUGUGGUUAUCUGCUUUGUAGUUAUAUCUGCCAUUACUUGCAUUUGCAGCUUCUUGCUCACAAAGGAGACACAGGACGUGGCACUCAUGGACACUUAGGCUUAAGAACUUACUUUAGCUACAAAUUCUUUUAGUUGCUUCUUCGUAGUCAUUUGAAACCAGCAGAUACAGACCACAGUUUGAAUUUGAAAAAAAUAUUUCUAUCAUUCCUUUGAUGUUUCCAGAUUAUUCCAUUAUGAAACGUUAAAGCUGAAUUUAAAAAGCUGAUUUUUGAUGCAGGUAAAUUUUCGAUGUAGAUAAACACUUAAAGCCUGAUUUGUAAAUUAAAUUCUUGUGAAUGCUAGUUGUAAUUCGUGUACAUAACUUAUU